GCGGCGGCGCGGGGCGGAGCGGCCCCGGCCCCGGCCCCGGCGGCGGCCAGGCCGGGCCGGCGGGGGAGCGAGGCGCUCGCGGAGGGCCCGGCCGGCGGGGCUGGCUCCUGCCCGGCGGGCGCGGAGGCCGCGGGAUCGGCGAGGCGGGGAGGCGCUCGGCCGGCGGCGGGAUGGCCUUGGUGCCCUACGAGGAGGGGGCUGGCUGGGGAGCGCGGCAGCUGCACAGCCCGUCGGCCACUUACCGCUUCGCCAGCCACACCAUCCGCCUCAGGCAGGACUGGCGGCGGCUGGGGGUGGCGGCGGUGGUCUGGGAUGCGGCUGUUGUCUUGUGUGCUUAUCUGGAGACGGGAGGCAUUGAUCUCGGGGAUCGGUCUGUGAUCGAGCUGGGAGCUGGAACUGGAUUGCUGGGAAUAGUGGCCACAUUAUUAGAGCACUGUAUUCCAAAUGCUAUAUUUAUGGACAUUGAUUAUAUGUCUGAGACAUAUACUCCUGUAUCACUUAGGUGCUCGUGUUACCAUCACAGACAGGGCGGCAGCACUGGAGUUCCUGGAGUCAAACGUACAGGCUAACUUACCUUCUGAACUACGUCCGAGAGCUGUGGUGAAGGAACUGACGUGGGGAAAAGACCUGGGUAACUUCCCUCCAGGAGCAUUUGACUUCAUCCUGGGUGCAGACAUCGUGUAUCUGGAAGAAACUUUUGCAGAACUGCUUCAGACGCUGGAGCACCUGUGCUCAGAGCAAACUGUGAUUCUUCUUUCCUGUCGUAUCCGCUAUGAACGGGAUCACAAAUUCUUGAAGAUGCUGAGGGGCCAUUUCUCUGUAUAUGAGGUCCACUAUGAUUCCAGUAAGGAUGUUCAUAUCUACAAAGCACAGAGGGGUAGUCGCAAGGAUGACUUUUGACUCUGUGCUUUGUUAGUAAAUUACCGAUGCUGUUCAAUCCUCACCUUGUUUCUACUCAAUACACUUGUUCCUAAGCAUA